GAAAGACAGAUAGCGGAAGGAGGUUAGUUGAGAAAAUGGAAAAGUUGGUUCGUAGGAUAUGGUGUGGAGACUUGGAGAUCCUCAUGAAAGACAGAUGCAGCGACAACCCACAUACAUAUACCAACUAACCACCACGUUUUCAACGUUGCUUCCCUAUUUAAUUCAUAUCGACUUCGUAGUUCCUCAACUUUGCUCCACAUGUGCAUAAGGUGUUCUUCAUUUUACCUGAAAGAAACCCUUCUUCUGCUUUGGUUCAUCUUCAUCUGUAGAAAGCAACUUGAAAGAGAGACAAGAAGAGGGAAAUUGAGAGAUGGGUUUGUCGUCCAGAUUCUUCUUCAGUAUCAGGUGGAGACUCUCUUCUCCAAUUGUGUUUCUGUGUUUUAGUCUCCUCUGUUUUUCCUCUUUUACUGCCGCCGAGACUGUGUAUGAGGUCCUGGAAUCUUACGAUUUCCCGGUCGGUCUUCUCCCCAAAGGGGUUUCAAGUUACGAUUUGGACACUAGUACCGGAAAAUUCUCAGUCUACUUGAAUGAAACCUGUACCUUCACAAUUGAUUCCUACGAACUGAAGUACAAGUCCACCAUUACAGGCUACAUCACCACAGACAAGCUCUCGGAACUGAAGGGUAUCAGUGUGAAGGUGUUAUUUUUCUGGCUCAGCAUCGUCGAGGUUACUCGGAGCGACGAUGAAUUAGACUUCUCUGUGGGAAUCGCUUCUGCUGAUUUCCCUGUUGCUAACUUCGAUGAGUCUCCCGAAUGUGGAUGUGGGUUUGAUUGCGAUGAUGCGCAAAUACACGGAGAAUCAGAAUGGGACCUUUUGUCUCUUCCUCUUAAGAUGUUUACUUGAACUUGAGGUAUUACUGCUGAAAUUUGAUCUUGUUUCCUUCGUUUGAAGCUUAAUCGAUCGAUCCUUGCUUAUCCUUUUCUUUUCUUCGUUCCUUCCUUUGAUUUUUCUGGGUUUUAUAGGGUUCUAAUUUUCUACUUUGUUUGGGGAGGGAAUGCAUUUGGAUUUGAUCAUCUCAUUGAUAUCUAUUUUAAGUAAGAAGGGUUCUAAGAUUUAUUUUCUGGA